AUGGCGCUGGACCCGAUGGCUGGCGGGAUCGCGCUGCGAAACCGGAAGUACCGCCUCAAGACCUACCGACAGUGCUUUGACGUGGACGAGUUUGUGGCGUGGGUGGUGGCCUACGGUCAGCGCGUGUUGGGUCGUCAGGUGACCCGCGAGGAGGCCAUCCGCACCGGAGAGCAGCUCCAUCGGGCGAGGGUCAUUGAACACGUGGUGGACAAGAACAAGCCGUUCCAGGAGGGAUUCUUCUUCUGGCGGUUCACGGAGCACUUCAUGCAACACACCCGGUUCCCGCCCAGCCCCUCGGAAUCGACCGAGGGCGGGCUGAACCUGUUCAUGCCGGCCAUGCCAGUCAAUUCCACCGAUCUGAACCGGUCCCAGUGGACGUCGGUACAAAAGUGGACCGUCGACGAGGAGUUGGAGGCCAAGAGCCGACGACCCAACAUCCUGCUGGGCUCACGUACCACCCUCGACACAGAGGAGACAAAAAACGAAAGCGAAGAGGCCACUUCGGACCAAAAGGCGGCGGAGCGAGAUGCGCUCUAUCUUUACGUGGAUUUGUCUUCGUCCGCCAGCGUGAAUGCCGAGCCGGUCAAUGAGACCAACACGAAGGCUGCGGAAGAAGAAGACGUGGUAAUCGACGGCGGGUACAGCGGAGUGAACGACGGGGAGCCUGAAGCCUCGAUUUAUUCAGCCGUCGAUGGCGCCCAGGCGCAACAAAAGAAGCCAAAGAAAGAAAAGAAGAAAACGAAGCCCGCAAAGCCUCAGCUGCGCGAUUUGGUGAACAGCGUCUACGUUGACGGUGGCUACGCUGGCACGGGGGAGGAUACGACGGAGACGGUGUACAGUGGUGAGUCGCGCGACAAGUGGGAAGAAGAGAACAAGGAAGCAGAGAGAACGAAUUCCAUCUACAGCACAAUGGACGGCGCGUCGGAUGACGAAGCUGUCGCCUAUGAAGACGACGAUGCGACCGACGCCACCGCCACCGCCACCGACGACGACCAGUCAGACUCGGAAGUCGACUCCGACGAUGAAUCUGACCACUCCAAAGCUACCAAGAAAAAAGUGGAGGGCACGACCGAGAUUCUGGAGCGGAACAAGGGAAAGGGCAUCGACUGGAACCAUCGGUUCCAAGACCUCUUGUCCAGAUUCGGGAAGGACGACACUGUGCCCGACGGCCUCUACUGCCUACAGAACGACUUCAUAUGCGCAGCGACCGCCUACGCGCGACUCAUCAUCAGCGAAAUCACCCUGCCGCCCAAGCUAAAGACCAUCAAGCCCGUGGGCAUCGGCGGAUUGGCCGGCGGCGAAAAGUACAUCAAGAACGGAAUCCUCUUCAAGUUCGCCCUCGACUCGCAGCUCAAGGUGGCUGAUACAAAGGGUGGGUGGGCGAACAAGUGGAUGUACGGCUGGGACGCUCCGUCGCACAAGAAUGCCGGAAAGGCAGCUGGGCGAGAGCUCAAUGGAAUCCAAGCGAUGUUCGUCACCUUCACGCCCAAGCUCAAUGACGGAGGUCGAACAGUGCACGCGGACAUUCCGGAGCUCAACGAUGCCAUGGCGCAGGCGUGUCAGUCGCUGGGCCUGUGCGGACACAAGGUCAAGGACAAGAUCCUCUACGGACCGGGCGACAUCGAGGCCCACCACGGCACCGACGGCCGAUACUACGUCCUUGAUUUUGCUCGAUUGCUGCCGCCGGAGAGUCCUCCCGAUGAUCCCGAGGAAAGGAAGUCGGACCUGCGCGGGGUGUUCUACAAACUGCUGCGACCGGAGCUCGUGUUCGCCUACAAACAAAAGCACAACAUCUACCUCUGCUCCGAUGCAUUCACCGCAUGGGGACAAUUUGACCCUCGCGCGCCUGAGAUGUGCCGCGAUGUGACGGUGGCCACGCGGUAUCUGCACAACACCGUCAUCCCCGACUUUGCCCGGCGCCUGUCGACCAGCAGCAAGUUCGCGGUCGAAUACUGCGACUUCAUCCGAUCGUCGUCAUCGUCGUCGUCAACGCCGUCGUCAUCACCGUCGGGCGGCAAGUCCACCGUGGACAGGGCCUACCAGGGCGCGCUGGAGCUCUUGGACAAGUUCAUUCUGGGCAUCACGUCCGACCUCCACGCCUCGGGCGGCAACAUUCGUCAUCUCGAGGAGCUGCGGCGGCUGUUGCUCUCCAUUUGCGUGGCCCGCAUCGCCAAGAACAACAUCCGCGAGCAGAUGAGGUCGGCAUCAUCGCACUUUGCCGCCCGCUCGACCGACGUGAUCACUAACACGCACACAGCGAUGACGAGCCAAUUGGAGGGUGGCACGCCAGCGGACGAGCCCUACAAGAAGAUCAUCUGCACCAACCUCAACCUCCUGCUGGGCGCGCAGGGCUUCGAAGACGCCGCGCACACCUACUGGACCCACGAAGUCAAGCGCGAACUCAAACAACAAUUCCGGGUUCUGCUGACCGACGAGGAGAUGCAGUCGACGUUCGACCUGCGACAGCACAUGGAGAUGAAGAUGUUCUUCCUCUACCUCAGCCGCAUCAUCGGCGUCGAGGUCGACGGCAAGGCCAUCAAGGGCCUCUGGAAGGGCCUCAGCUCCACCGUCGCCGGGGCGAAAACGUUCGUUUUCCUGCAGUCGGACAUCAUGGCCCUGCACCCGCGGGUCAAGAAGGCCUUCUUUGCCAACCUGGCGGCCGGCAUGCAGUGCCUUAAGGAGGCCAAGCAGGUGUCCGCAGCCGCGGCCGACGCUGACGUCAGCGACCCGAUCGCCCGGCAGACCGUGCUGCGCCAGCUGUCGCACGCCAAGAAGGUGCUGUUCGAGGCCCAGACCACGGUGCCGUCGUGCCCCUUCGUCAACCUGCACUGCGGCCUGGUCAUGGCCGAGAUCGCGCGUCUUAAGGCCGGCCCGCGGUGCGACUCGCUGUUCGACAGCGCCUACGAGCGCUUUCAGGCCUCGCUCGACAUCAAGCCCCUCGAGGCGGCCUACGACGCCUACGUGGCGGCCCUGCGGAGCCAUGCGGGGCUCAAGCGCCGUCUCGUGGGCGCGAGGGCGGAGGCGGAGGCGGCGCGCGAGCUCGAUGACAGGGCCGACAGGCUCGAGGCCGCCCGACUCGCUGAUGAACGGCUCGCCCUGCCAGGCAAGAGCUGCAUCUCAGGCUGA